AUGUCGUCGUCCACUCUGAAUCGACGAACAGCUCCUCCUCCUCGACACUCUGCUUCCCUCGAAGGCCUGGAAAAGGUCGUCCCACCACGGAUGAUGUCUUUUACAGCCCAUCGCUCCGAAAUCUUCCACAAACCCACUCUCCACAAUAAAUCUUCUAUGGGCGCUGACACCCUCAACACACCGAGCGAAUAUUCCGUCAUGUACAGCGACUCGAGCGAGACAGCAAGUACUGGCGAUGACAGCAGCUUUGGUACACCGAAUGAUCCCGAUACUAGGAGUUAUCCCAUCUUGGUCCGAACGGGCUCUGAUGACUUUACAGGCUUGAUCGACCUACCCGCCACUGAAGAUCACCUAAAGGGUAGCCCGCCAAGUUCUCCACUUCCCUUCAUCCACCCAUUAUCUAUCACCGGCCGCUCGGAGGAGCCUCUGAAGCCACCACCAAGCCCGUUCAACCUCGAUCUUUCGACUAGUAUUUUCGGCACUGCGGCUCCAAGAAAAGGAGCUGCUAAUCCUCUUAAAACUUCUGAUGACGAUGAAGAAUACGAGGAUUUGAAUUUCGAGGUGGAUGAGUUCCACCAUUCAACAAUGUAUAGUGGGUAUAACUCGGGCGCAUCGAGCCCCACCGCGUCCUCUCCUACAUCUGACUAUGAGAGAACCCACGACUCAACGGCCUCAAGCCCGAUCGAGGAGGAUUGUGAUGCUUCCUCAAUCAUCCUCGGUACAUCGGCUCACUACGGACGUCCUCUACAAUGGUCCGAUAACCGAGUGGAUUCCGCACACGCUAGUCAUUACUUCCGGGAAAAGAAAUGGGAUUACUUCCCUGAGUUGGCAACACCACAGGACAGUGGCCGCAGCAGCCCAACUUCUAGCAAGAAAGGAAAGGGAGCUCGCCUGAAUGUCAGUGGUAAACAAUCGAAGUGGUACUCCAUUCAGCCUUCCAAGAAACAAUCUGGUGUCCGCGACUCGUUCAUGAACUAUAUGCAAAAACUUUCGCAUAACAGCAAAGAGGAGAAGGAGAAAGAGGAGGAAAACGAGAAGCUCCAGCUCCAGCCACAACCACAGCCGAUCGAUGUUCCUCGAGUACACGCUCGCCGGUUUACCAGUCCCUUGGGCCCUCUAAAUGCACACCCUACCGAUUUAAUUCCCGAGGAUGAGGAGGAAACACAGGAACUUGAUGAGUUCCACGCUCAAUUGAAGGCUACCUCCACUUCUAGCUCUAUUUCCUCAUACGAAAAGCCACGUGAGUCGCCUCAGACCCCUCGCGACAGGAAGUCAGCAUUCCCCUCGUCGACCUCUCGCAAGCACGGUUCCGUCUCUUGGCAAUUGCCUGCGAAGAACAAAAUGCGCAGUUCGCAACCCCCGCCCGCGCUAUCUGCCCAGCCCCGAUCAGCAAUGAAGAAGUCUUCGCUCCCUUCGGCAAUGAGGCAAUCCCAGCCUCCCCCGCCCGUGAGGCAAUCUACAGCACCAAUGCCUGAUACUCGCAGAAGCAACACCGUUAGCUGGCAGCUUCCUGCGAAGAGUAAGCUGCGCAACUCUGAGCCUCCCCCAUUGCCCUCAUUCAGAUCGAACAGAGGAUCUCAGUCUAUGGUGCCUAGCUCCCGACCUGUCUAUUCCAAGACUCCUAGACCCCAGGCCCAGGGCCAACAGUCUAAAACACCUCUUGCAAGCAAGCGAUCAACCCUCUCCGCGUUCACUGCGAAGAAGAAGCUCAGCUCCGAAGAUGCCGCUGAGCGUCGCCGUGAAGAGAUUCGAUCACGAAUUAAACUUAUUGGCUCCGUCAACCCACACCUUUGCAAGCCGCAGAAGGAUCCCUGGUCACCUCAUACCAACGGACCUUCUCCUUUUUAA